GAGCACUUGACAGCAGCGGGAGGGGGAGAGGGAGGGAAGGGAGGGAGGGGGGGGGAAGGGGAGGGGCCUCGCCGAGCCCAGAAAAACGACAACGCGAGAAAAAUUAGUAUUUUUGCACUUCACAAAUUAAUGACCAUGAGUUCGUUUUUGAUAAACUCCAACUACAUCGAGCCCAAAUUCCCUCCCUGCGAGGAAUACACGCAGCACAGCGGCAGCGCCGGCAGCUCCGCCAGCUACCACCCGCACCACUCGCACCCGCACGCCCCGCCGCCGCCGCCGCCGCCGCCGCCGCACCUGCACGCCGCGCACCCGGGCCCGGCGCUGCCCGAGUACUUCCCGCGGCCGCGCCGGGAACCGGGCUACCAGGCUCCCGCAGCGCCGCCGGGGCCGCCGGGGCCGCCUCCCGAGGCUCUCUACCCCGCGCAAGCACCCUCCUACCCCCAGGCUCCCUACAGCUACAGCAGCGCCGGCAGCGCCGCCCCGGGCCCCGAGCAGCCGCCCCCGGGCGCCUCGCCGCCGCCGCCCGCCAAGGGCCACCCCGGCCCGCCCCAGCCCCUGCUCCCAGGCCAUGCCCUGCAGCGCCGCUGCGAAGCAGCCCCCGCCGCCGGGACCGGCACCGGGCCCGGCUGUCCGCUACUGCCCGACAAGAGCCUGCCCGGGCUGAAGGGGAAGGAGCCGGUGGUCUACCCCUGGAUGAAGAAGAUCCAUGUGAGCACGGUCAACCCCAAUUACAACGGAGGGGAGCCCAAGAGGUCUCGCACUGCCUACACCAGACAGCAGGUCCUGGAGCUGGAGAAGGAAUUCCACUUCAACCGCUACCUGACCAGAAGGCGACGCAUCGAGAUCGCGCACACCCUCUGCCUCUCGGAGCGCCAGGUCAAGAUCUGGUUCCAGAACAGGCGCAUGAAGUGGAAGAAAGACCAUAAACUGCCUAACACAAAGAUGCGCUCCUCAAACCAGUCCACACUGAGCCAGCAGUCCAAAGCACAGACACAGGGCCACCCCCAUCCGCUCGAUGGGGCUACACCCAAUGCAGCCGCGCUAUAAAUACGGCUUUUGGUUUGAGGUUUUUUGUUGUUAUUUUUUUUUAAUAUAUAUAUAUUUACCUAUCUAUUGGGGUUUUCAAACUGCCUCAUGGUGGAGGCUGGCCGUUUGGACCAAACAGUGUAAAACAAAACAGGAGCAGGAAACGAAGACGAAAUGUGCCCAAGAACGGGCACAUGUUUAAACCAAAACCCGGACGAUUGUCUACAUUGUAUAUAGAUAAUGGUUCCAUGCCCAACAUUUUUUUCUAUUUAUGGAAACGCUCUCUUGCCCUCGGUGUAAAAGAGGGCUGGAUGGUGUCAUGGACGAAUUCUCUGUAUCUAAGAUGGACUUUUUCUUUUUUUUUUUCUUUUUUUUUUUUUUUAAAGGGAAAACUUUACAAAUAAAAGACUUUACAAAGUAAAGAGCUCGUGGAACAGUUGUGUAAGGCAUUGACUUGAAUAAUGCUGUUUCAUGGCGUGUUCGUGGAUUCUUCUGUGUGUGUGUGUGUGAGGGUGCACAGGCACAUGUACACACUCACACCAAUAUGGGAGAGACAACGAACACGUCCAUUAGAGGUUAAAGACUUACAAAAAAGUCCUCUUACCCUGUCUAAAGGAAAAUGUUUUAUGUAUCAUAACAAAGGUAACUUAACUGGUUUUAAGUGUAUCCCCCGCAGUAGCUGUGAUCUAUUAGUUUUUCUCCACUUUCCCUAUUGCAUUUAUUUAAAGAAAUAUUGCUAUAAAGGCUGUUGCUGUCUUCAUAUUUGGCACCGUCUAAAUAGUUUGGGUCCAUGUAAAAUUUGUGGAUUUUUGGUGUAAUGUAUAACAGUGCCAAAUGCUGGUAAUAAAGAUUAUUCUGUACAAAAGAAUUAAACGCUUGAAACAAGA